AUGGACCGAAUUGAAAUCGCCCAGUGUGAUUCAAGAGCAGAGGGAAAUGAUGAUCCUAAGAAAACAGAACACCUGCGUACACUCAAUGGAGCAAAAGAAAGACUUCACUUAUUCAAAGCAAAUUUAGUAGAAGAAGGAGCUUUUGAUCCAGUAGUUGAUGGAUGUGAACGUGUAUUUCAUCCAGCUUCACCUGUAAUUAUGUCAACAGAUGAUCCACAGAAUGCAUUGAUUGAACCUGCAGUAAAGGGAACAGUAAAUGUUCUUAAGUCAUGUGCCAAAGUCUCUUCUAUCAAGAGAGUGGUAGCAACAUCUUCUAUGGCUACAGCAAUAUUCAACGGGAAGCCUCUGACCCCUGAUGUAGUAGCUGAUGAGACUUGGUUUUCUAAUCUAGCUUUUUGUGAGGAAAAUAAGCUUUGGUAUGUUAUUUCAAAAAUCUUUGCUGAGGAGGCUGGUUGGAGAUUUGCAAAGAAGAAUGGGAUUGACUUGGUUACCAUACAUCCAGGGUUUGUGAUUGGUCCUCUCUUGCAGCCCACUCUUUCUCCUAGUGUGGAGGUGUUUGCACACUACAUCAAUGGAGCUCAAAUAUUUCCAAAUGAUAAUUGCAAAUUUGUUGAUGCUAGAGAUGUUGCCAAUGCAAAUAUUGGAGCUUUUGAAUUGGCUUCAGCUAGUGGCAGACUCUGUUUAGUUGGAAUAGUUGUACACUACUCUGAGUUUUUGAAGAUUAUUCACAAACAUUACCCAACUCUGCACAUUCCUGAAAAAUGUCAAGAUGACAAGCCUUUUGUACCAAAAUAUGAGGUAUCAAAGGAGAAAGCAAAAGCUUUGGGUAUUGACUUCAUUCCUUUGGAUGUGAGGGUUGUAGACACCAUUGAAAGCUUGAAGGAGAAAGGCUUUCUUAAUGUCUGAAUACUUAGAGAACUAAAGGAGACAAAUAAAUAAGGAAUUAGGAAGUAGACCUCAAUAAAUAUAUUUUAAUUAUUAUUUUUCCUUCCUUAGUUAUGUGUUAAUUAAUAUUUCCUUUCUAGUAUAACUUAUGCUGAUUUGGGAUUUUUAUUAUUAGUAAGAUUCCAAUAAAUUUUGUGUUAAAUCUUUUUUUAUAAAAGUGGUCACUUGAAUUAAUAAAAUUAAGCAAAACUAUUUUUAUUUACAUUCAGUUCUGGACUCUCUCUCCUCUAAGGAGUCUUAUGGUUAGGACUCACUUUCAAUGAG